UCUUAAAGCCUCAAAAUAAAAUUUUAUAUCUUUGUUUAUGAAAAAUGUUGCUAAUUAUUAUAUUUGUACAUGCAAUUAAUACGCGUUUCUAGCUUUAUUAUUCGUAAAUUAUUCAUAUACAUAUAUCUCUUAUGUUGAUAAGAAUUCUACAACUGUGUUAAAUUCAAUACUAAUGUUGUGUUAUUGUUUCCUGGCAACAUGUAUAUUACCAUAUACCAGCCUUCUUCUGACAAUAUGGAAAUUCUUAAAGAAUUGAUAAGUGCCUUAAAAUAAGUUAUUAAAUAAUUUUUCAAAUUCAUUAAGCAUACUGAUAAUACUAAUGGUGAUAGAAAAAUAAUAAGAACAAACUUUUCUCGAUCAGUACAAUGGAGUUAUUUACGUUAGUGAAGUAGUUGUCAAUAAACAUGACAGGAAGAGGCUUUUGUGUUAAAAUACAGCUCGAUCUUCAUGCUGUAACUUGUCCCGGUGUCUGGCUAUGUCCAAAUGGCAAAAUAAUUUUAAAAAUAACUGCUCUGAAUUCUAAUGCCGAAUCUCAUAGAAUUGCACCAAUUUUUCCAUUAUUAUAUAAUGAAAAAUUUACAUUUGAAAAGAUGUUUUCUUCUGUAGUUACUUUAACUGAAUUACAAAAUAGCUUGGAACAAGAAUUCUUUUUUGCAGAAUUAGUACAAUGGAUUACACCUUCUGGUAGAGGAGUCAUUUUAGCUACAUUUGAAACAAAUUUAGUUGACUUAUUAUAUCCUACAUCAUCUUUCAAGGGUCUAUUAGCUGGCGUAGAUAUAGAUUUGCUUAUGGAACCUACUAAAUAUUUUCCUGGUAUAAUAGCACCUAAAAUUGAAGUUUCUACGAAAACCAUUAUAGAAGGAGUCAUAGAUAUAGAUGACAUUAAUACGUCAGCGAUACUUAUCAUUAAUCCAAAAACAAUAAAUUCGAAGAGUGCAUCAUGUAUCCACAGAAAACGUUCGAUCAAGGGCAUUAUCAGACAGAAACGAGUUUGCCAUAGUCAAGGAAUAAUUAGAGAUCGAAAUUAUCAAUUAUCUCGAGAAAAAUCAAAUAAUAAAUAUAAUUCAUAUAUAUAUUCUCAGUAUUCUCCCGUUAAAAAAGUACAAUGUUCUAAUAGUCAAUAUUAUUGUGCAGGAAAGAGAUUUGUUUGUAAUUGUGAACCAUGUUGUUCGAAGAAAAAAUCUAAACUGUUAACUUCGUAUAAUGAUUUACAUAUUUAUGACAAUUGUCCCGUUUGCUUGAAAUACAAAGAUUAUUUUUCUAAUCAAAAUAAUGUAACUGAUACAGCACAAAGUUAUAAAACUUAUUGUAAAAACCAUUUGUUAAAAGACCAUCAUUACUCUAAGUGCAUUUGCCAGUUUUUUGAUAAUCAAAAUCACAAUACUAUUCAUUCUCCAGACAAUGUACAUACAGGGCAAAAAGAAUCGACAGUAUCAAUACUAGGAUCAAAAGGAGAAACGAAACUGAAUGAAACUUAUCAUAAAUGUGAGCAAAAUCAAUUGAAGGAUUUUUAUAAAAAUUUGGAAAAAUUUUAUAAGAGAAUGUAUGAGCAAGCAAGAAUACAUGCCGAAGGAAUUGGUGCAUAAAGUAUUUACUGCUAUUUGGUAUGAAUUUCACAUGUAUUUUAUUUUGUGGUAUUUUGAUUAAAAUUCGACCUAUGUUAUUAAAAGGA